UGUUACGAGCCAACGAGCGGUCAGGGUGCGCCAUGUUUGUAUUGUAGUCAGCGUUGUAGGUGGUGUAGCGUGGCGCGGAGUGCGCGGGUUGUACGUGUUGUCUUCUCCGCUUAUUUUUCUCUCGCGUACUCGGUAAUGCUCGGCCGUUUAUUUACGUAGCGUCGCGACGCAGUGGCAGGGACCGAACGCGCGUGUCGCCGAUUCGUCGUACGACGACGCGCGACGUGAGGAGCAGCGUAGCGUAGCACAGCGUAGCGAAGCGAAGCGCCGUAACCACCGCGCGAGAUCUUGCCGAAUGUGAACAGCCGCACACACGCCACCCGGGAAAAACCGCGAGGGGUCCGUUACAGACGCGCUCGCGACUCUUGCAGGGCUAGAUGCGAUCCUCCCGUUCUCACAGGGGUUGUUUACGGACGGGCCCGCGGCCCUCGUAGAUCCGCGUGACGCGCGCGCGUGUCUCCGGGAAUCGCCGCGACGUCGUUUUUCUCCGUCAGCAGCAACCGCGCUAUGCCGCUCUAAGCGCCGUGCACUCGUGCUUGUGUGUUUUAUAAUCUGACAACAACAACAACACGCGAGCAUACUUCGUCUCGUACACUUCUCAUUUAUCAUGCCGUUGCAUCUCUGACGAAACGGUUAUCAAGCGGUACAUACUUAAUUGAAAGCUAUCAAAAUGUGGCCGACACAAAGUAAUAAUAAUUCCAAUGCAAACUCCGCGUCCAGCGAAAAGAACAAUUUACGCACUCUGGGGAUGACAUCGGCUAUCAGCGUAGCUGAGCCUAAACCCAUAGAUAUUACCAGAACCAACGAAUUAAAGGAGGCCCUGAAACCCUACAAUGUUUUCGAAUCUGAAGAGGAGUUAAAUCAUAGAAUGGAGAUUUUAAGCAAACUGAACGCAUUGGUUAAACAAUGGAUAAGGGAUACGAGUAUAGCUAGAAACAUGCCACCUAACGUGGCCGAGCAAGUGGGUGGUAAAAUAUACACAUUUGGUUCAUAUAGGUUAGGUGUACAUCACAAGGGUGCCGAUAUUGAUGCACUAUGUGUUGUACCACGUCAUAUAUAUAGAGCGGAUUAUUUUACGUCCUUUUUUGAUUUAUUAAGAACACAAGAGGAAGUUACAGAUUUAAGGGCAGUAGAAGAAGCAUUUGUACCAGUUAUAAAAAUGAACUUUGAUGGAAUAGAAAUCGACAUGCUCUUUGCGAAGUUAACUCUUAAGGAAAUUCCAGAUUCAAUGGAUCUCAGGGAUGACAUGCUACUAAAAAAUCUUGAUCAGAAGUGUGUCAGAAGUCUUAACGGUUGCAGAGUGACAGACGAAAUAUUGCGUUUAGUACCUAAUAUAGAAAAUUUUAGAUUGGCUCUUAGAGCUAUAAAAUUAUGGGCAAAACGACAUGGCAUAUAUAGUAAUGUCUUAGGUUAUCUUGGUGGUGUAUCUUGGGCAAUGUUAGUUGCCCGGACAUGUCAACUGUAUCCUAAUGCCGUGGCUGCAACUCUGAUAGAAAAAUUUUUCCUUGUAUUCUCCCAGUGGAAGUGGCCACAGCCAGUGCUUUUAAAACAACCUGACAACGUCAAUUUGGGUUAUCCAGUUUGGGAUCCAAGAGUAAAUGUAUCAGACAGAUAUCAUCUAAUGCCAAUAAUUACACCAGCAUAUCCUCAACAAAAUUCUACUUUCAACGUGUCUAUAUCGACUAGGACUAUCAUGCAAGAAGCGUUUGAAAAUGGGCUAGCUAUAACUGAAGAAAUUAUCAUGGGUAAAGCAACGUGGGACAAAUUGUUUGAGCCACCAAACUUUUUUGGCAAAUACAAGCACUACAUUGUAUUAUUAGCCAAAAGUUUGACCGCAGAAGAUCAACUUGAGUGGUGUGGUCUUGUUGAGUCAAAAAUACGUCACUUAAUAGGUAUGUUGGAAAGGAAUCCUCAUAUUACUUUGGCACACGUUAAUCCAGAAGCAUUUCCACCAUUGAACCCCGAAUCGGGUAAACACUGUUCUAUGUGGUUCAUCGGCCUGGCAUUUGCUAAGUGCGAAAAGAAUGAAAAAAGUGAAAAGGGUGAGAAUAUCAAUGUUGACCUCACAUAUGACAUCAAAUCCUUUGUGGAUACAGUUGAGAGACAAGCAGAGCAAAUAAAUAUGUUUAAGGAAGGAAUGUGGAUUGAGGCUAAACAUGUAAAAAGAAAGGACUUGCAUACUUAUGUAUCACCAAGUUUGUUAAAAAAGGAGAGGAAGGUUUCUAGUGGUGUGCAUCGAAACGGCAAUAUUGCUGGAAAUGGAAACAGUGGUAGUGUAUCUCCACGAAACCAAGGCGAUGCAAGUGGCAGGAAGAGGUUAUCGGAUCAGACGCUUGAUGCCUGUGGAAAGAAGCGACGAAUCAAUGAAGCAGAAGAGCAAACGGAAAAUACAACGUUAGUCGUUCAAUCUUGCGGAGAAGAUAGCAAUUCUGGCUUCAGUAUGGAUGAAUACAAACCGAAUCUAUCAACUAAUAAGGACGAAGGACCUACUGGUGCAACUACAGUAGCGCAGGAGGGAUUCGUAUGCACUUGAUGAUCAUCAUGGGAUUAUUAUCUCACAUCAAUCCACAGAUGCUCCUCUGGGUCAUCUAGACUGUAAACAUUUCUCAUGCAACCAUCCACUGCCCACUGUAAGUCCUUCGUUUCGUAAAAACAAAACAGCGUCACGCAAUGGAGGAAGCUCUGUCCAGGUGGAAUCAAUCAAUUGAUGACGGGAUUUAUGUGUUUAUGUGUGAGACACUAUAAUUAAUAGUAUUAUGAAAAAAAACAUCGACAGUCAAUGGGAACAAUUAUGCUGAAAACUAAUGCGAUUGUGCCAGUGUCUGUGAUGUCAUUUAUAUAUCACUGGGGUAUAAUAGUUUUGAGAUACAUAGUUGAAAGAAAUUUAUCACUCAUAAAGAUAGAAUCUAUUUUGUUUGGAAACAGAAUGGCAAUCACAUACUUUUUAUAUUUCUUUUUUGUAUAUAUAAAUCAUUUACAUUACUCUUUUUUUUAUCGAUAAACAAACUUGAACAAGGAACUUAAGAUUUGAUAAUACUUGAUAUAACAUAAUUUUACAUAAUUUACAUGACGAGCAGAAAUAGUUUGAGAAAAUUGCAUGUAUGGAAAUUUCCGUAUUUGCGAGUGUUUCCGCGCAUGUUAGAAAAAAAAUACAAAAUAUAAAAUAUAUUCUUAUAUAAAGUGCAUUUUUGUAAUGCACUGCGGAAUAUGCUUUAAAAAAUGCAUACAAUUUAGUUGUAAGUAGGUCUGAUAUACUUUAUUACUCAUGGUAGCGCAAGUCACGUGCCGUGAUCUAUCUGUUUAGGGACUUGCAAAUAUCGUUAGCGUUUUCAUACGCUUUACUGUUUGUACUAAGUAUGAACUAUAAUUUACGCGAUACUUAAUGUUGUUAUAAUUUAUAAGGAUUAGGUGUUACAUGCAAGUUACAGAAUAGAAUAUUACUCUCAAAGCUUACCGUUGCACAUAAAGAAAGACGCUAAUGAUUCGCUUCAUCAUCUUUCACUAUGUACAAUUAUAAUGCAAUCGAUAAUGUAACUGCAUUAUAAGAAUCACCGACACUGGCAUAAAGCCAAGGAUGUUUUAUUUGCAAAGUACCAUAGAUAAUAGUCACAUUAUGAAGAUAAGAAAUAGAGAUUUACAAAUGAAACAUCCUAAACGGAGCAUUGACUAUCUUAUUGACAAUUAUGUUGCGUGAAAUAGUUUCAUAUAGAGCCGUCUUUUUUUUUUGCUCAAAAACAAAGUUAUAGCUUUAAUGAAUUAGAGACGAGUUGACACUUGGAUGAUUGAAACCGUCUGUCACCAAUCGGUGAGUUUUUUCAGGUGUUCAACUGCUUUCACUCCCAAUCUACGGCUCUGAUCCUUGAUCUUGAUUCCAGAUUACUUUCUCGCCUCUAUUACAAUCCUCAUGUUCAUGUGUUAAAGGCAUGUCCACUAAUCGUAUGCUACAAGGUAUUUGAUGUUCAUUCUUUGGUACUUGUAAAAAACGAACUCGCAAAUACCGCAGUAUACGCAGAAAUCAGGUACUUGCAGAGUAAUAUUUGGCAAGUUAAAUGUUUCAGAUGCAAUUCGUAUUAAUAUUGAGAAAUAUGAGAAGUAUCUCUUCUCUUUCCCGUAUAAUCGACAUUACUAACAACUUAAUUGUUACGUUAGAAAUUCUCUUAAUGCAAUAUACACAAUUUAACGAUACUGACUAAUUAAACUUUUUAAGUAUAACAUGAAAAAAACUUAAUUACAAUGCUUUGCAAGUGUCAUGAUUUAAUGUUAAGUGAUUAGGAAUCAUUCCGUUACUACUUGUACAUAUUCGUAGAUACGCCUGAGAUGAUAGGUUUCACUCUUUCAAAGCUUGUCUUAUCGAGUCAUUUUAUUUAUUGAUUGGGAUAUGCACUUUUUUGUAUACUAAAAAAACGGUAGUGCUACCUUAUUUCUCUCUUCGCUUUCAUGCUUGAAUCUGAGAUCGAGGUACAUUACGGUACCGUACAAGGAAUACUAGGCCAGUUGAUUUGAUCGAUCAUAAACUCAUUUGCUUUCCGCGUAUAUUGACGUGACAUGAUUAAAAAUGCAAUUAUCUUUUUAAAAAAGUAAACACGAAAUCUACGGCGAAUUCGCUUAGAUACAUGUAUGCAUAAAUAUAUCCAAUCGAAUUCGUUAUUAUUAUCAAACGAUACCGUUGGAAUAGUCAUGGGUUUAUUUUAUAAUAAUCGAUAUCGUUUGUAAUUGUCUUACAUAGAUUCCACGCGAAAGGAGAAGGGAGAUUUCCCUGUAGAUAUUUUAUUUUAUUUAGUAAUCACUCAUGAUUUAGAAACUGAUUCGCAGCGCACAGAUGAGAUCGAGCAGAUUUAUGUUAAAAUGAAGAGAUUACUUCGUUUAUUUUUAUUUAUCUUUAAAACAUCGCCUAAAUUUGCAAACUUUUUUAAAUCACAAAGUCUCUUCUUGUAAUUAUAUAGGUUUACUCAAUAUUUUUUUAUGGAAUACGUAAACGUAUGCAUAACAUUGCUGAUACUCAUAUAUAGUAAUAAACGUAAUUAAACUUCAUCUAUUGUGUCUAUCUAUAAAAUAUCUGUCUAAUGAAAAUUCUUGAUCGUGAUCUUAUAUAAGAAAAUUUUAUUAUGAAACUUGUUUAUUUAUCGACUUAUCAUCAUUUUGUUUUGCAAACAAAAAUAUUUGUAACUCUUGUAUUUUUUUUAAAUUACUAGCCUAUUGUAUAAUCUUUUUUGCUAAUUCUAAAAUGUGCUUUAUGCGAAACUCAAAUAUUUUAAUAAACAGGAUUUUUACGUAUUAUUGAAAAAAACGUUGUGUUCAUGCAUACGUGUCUUUUUUGUUAUUAACGUCUUUCUUUUUGUACAGAUAUUAAGUUCAUUAAGUUUGUGCAGCUAAUACACUUAAGAUCUCUAUUUAGUGACAAAGAAAAGCAUAUCGCAUUGUCUCCGAUAAAUUGAACAUUUGUUUAUUUUUGCUAUGUUUCAUUGCUGUUUAACGAUGGAUGUAUGUGAAUGUAUUUACGUGCACGCACAUAUACACGCGCGCGCAUAUUAUUACAAAAGUUUAAUUUGCGGGGACAUAUGAUGUGUAUUUUUAGCAAUUCCGUAAAGCGUAUUAAUUACGGUGCAAUACUUUUUUUUCUAAUGCAGAGCCAUUUCUUUUUUCUAGUUAGCAAAUGAUAUUUCAUGAAUUGUGCAAAUUCACAUAUCGAAUGGCAUCAUGCAAAAUAAAAUAUGAAAAAGAUGUUAACACUUUCAUCAAUAAUACACAGAUUGCAUAUCUACUUCACCGAGUAAUUCUCAAAACUUUUUCUGUCUUUUCACUUACAUUAUUCAUGUCGAACAUAAAAAAAUCAAGAAUCUCAUGGUGAUUUAUAAACGUACAAAAUUUAAUGCAAAUUCUCUGUUCAGAUAAGUUGGAAUAAUAUAAUUUCUUCAAUCUUUCGGAACAAGUUUCUUUAUUUAUUCAUAUUUUUUUCAUCUCACCACGUGUCGCACUCGAAUUACUGUGAUCGUCAUUGCUACUAUUACCAAUAUCAUUCGCGGUAACGUUAAAGCUUCUGUCACUCUAUCACACAUUUUACAAUCAUUUUGGGUUUUUCAUCACAGAAUAAUAUUUCAACUUUAUUGAAAUCGAUGAAAUGCACGCGCUUGUGGAUCAUUAGACGAUUCUCGAUCAUAAAUGCCAUGGCAUUCGGAAGCCCGAAAUUGCUUUCGUCACAUUUAACAGUACGUACCGUGCUAUCAGCUCUUAUUGCACUAAUUUCCCGAUCAUCCAUUAUACAGCACUCAUUGUCUCAAUGCAUUAAACUUGCUGACUAAUCGUCCAUAUAUUCCUGACGUUAAUCACCACUAUCUUCUAAGUUCCAAAGUUCAGGGAUUGCAUUAUACUUUGCACAACUUAAGGAUAUUGAAAUGACAAAAUUACCAAAAUAUUACAAAAUUCUCCGAAUUGACUUUACAGAAUUUAAAACUUUUUUACAUGUUUAAGGUACACACAAGAUUAAAUCGUGGGAUACUCACUCAAGUGAGUUUAAAAAAAAAUUAAAAUAUAUGUGAUAUGUAAUUUAAUUCUUUUUCAUUCUUUUUAUGAUUUAUUCUUGUAUUCUAAACAUGUAAAAAAAAUUUAAUUUGGAGAAUUUUGAAUCAUAUAAUGUUCGAUAAUUCAGUUUAGGAUUCAUCUAAACGAAAAUUUAGACGUGUGAUAAGUACCAUUGGGCUGUUAUAAUUAUGAUCGCAAGCAGAAAAAUGAGGUACUUGUCGGCGAAUGGAGGCCGAGGAUCGCGAACGGUGAACAUCAAUAUUAUCCUUGUAUGCCAAAUCUUAUCUUCUUUAUUGAUUCGAGGAUAUCACGCGCCCGAUUCGUACCUCUUUCUCUCCUUUCUCUCUCUCUCCUCUCUCUAUCUCAGAGAUAGCUAGACAUGUCUAUAGCACAUUCUAAAUCCUUGCAUUAGCCUCCCCCAUCUCCUAGAAAUCAUCGUUAGCUGACGUGGAUGUCUUGCAAUUUCAGUAGCACAAUUUCGGCGUGACAGGAAGGGAAACACUACGUCUCUCAUCCGAAAUCUUAUCUUUUAUUAUAUAUAGAAAAACAUGGAAAGAAAACGCGAGUCAGAAACGGGAAAUGCGUUGAAGGAGGAAAAAAGAACGAGAUAGAUGCGAAGACUUAUAUGUUGCGGGACAUGCGGAAUCGACGUACGUGGAUGCUGUACGAAUCGUGCUUAGGAUCUCACACGGUACAGAAUAUGAUGCAUUUGAUAACCGAAAUCAUGCAAAAUCAUUGUACGUAAAUACCGAAUCGUUUAUACCACGAACAGUCGCAGUUUCCAAGCAACUUGCGCGAUAAGUUAUUGUAAAAUUAAAUUGUAUUUGCACGUGCAUCGAUCGUACGCGCCCGUACGUGAUGCACUUCUGCAAAUAAUUGCAUACAGAUUCCACGAUACGUCCGUGAGGGAAAUGCUUUCUUCAUAUAUAUAUCUCUCUCUCUCUCUCUCUUCUCUCUUCUCUCUUUCUUUGAAUGCUAUUUUGUUUUUCAAGCUUUCUCAUGAAAAUUCGAAGCAGAAUGCGCUGGCCGCGUGUUCAUCAUCCGCUCGUGGAUCGUGAACGCUGUGUGCACGCAUGCAAUAACGAUCACCGAUUCAUUGCGUACAAUUAGCAAUAGCACAAACGAAAAAAAAAAUAGGAUGAACAAGCAUAAUUGGUAUCCUGUAAACGUAUUGUACACUCUGUAUCUCUCCUAAAUAAACGGAAAUAAAUUUUUCUUUUAACUCCUUCAGCCAAAAAA